UUUUUUUUUUUUUUUUUUCCCAUCAGUUCUUUUCACCUCCCCGUGUCUAGGCUAACCUCUUCAGGUUCUUCUGCAGCUUUCUUGAUGCUAAUGCAGUACUCUGAUUGGCAGCCUCAUAGGAGUCAGUAUAAGUAAGUACUACUAACUAAUUCUUGAAAAAGGACAAUAUUACCAGCAAUGGAAGUGCUGCGUCAUCGGACAGCUACCUGCCUUCAACCUCAUACCUGGGAAGAUACACUGGUGAACAAUUUCGGCUCAUGCAUUCCUAUCAGUGAAGGCACGGUCUUUCUAUCCGCUCGGAAUAUACUCUUUGGGUGUAUCAUAGCGGCAAGGUCGUCGUCAUCACCUACCGUGUGGUGAUCUCGGCGUUGACUCGAUGUAGAUCUCACUGUAAGUCUACUAGUAGUAGUACCCGACUAUGACACGGUCUGAGGGACAGUCCAGCAAGUCCAUGUAUCAUUCUGUCACACUCCACAUGGCCGAUCGAUCCAGACCUACCGGGUAGAAUGGGAACUUGUACUGUAACAGAGCCAUGGUUGGGAUGGAGUUGCCUGCUCUAACAAUCAUUAUUAACCUCCCAACGGUACCCUGCCUCAUUCUUCUUCCUCUCCUCUUCGCAUCUCCAAAAAAUAUUAUCCACUCCUCCAACCACUCCUCUACCGUCCCUCCCUCUCACUCCUCCUCUUCUUACCUUGCAUCUCCUUCAUCAUCAUUUCAUUUCUUUCAUCAUAUAUCUACGACUCAUCUUACUUUUCCAUUUCUUUGUCCUCGCUUUUGUGAGACCCCUCAUUGUUAUCGCCCCUCCCAUUCUUAUCAGUGACGUAGUAGUCUCCUCAUCCGCCUUCGGAUUUCUUCCAUCAUGAGAGUAAUCAUUAGGGAGACUAGCCUUGAAGCUUCAGAAUACAUUGCAGAUUACAUCAUCAGUAUGUCUUCCCGGAAACUCGUCGUGCUUUCAUCGUAUUCUUCAUUCUGCCACACCUCUAUGAUUUUGUCUGCUGUAUGCGUCCACUUACUGAUAAUGCGGUCUAGGUCGCAUAAAGUCAUUCAAGCCCAGUGAAGACCGGCCCUUUGUGCUGGGACUCCCGACUGGUAGCAGUCCUGAGAUAAUUUAUAAGACUCUGGUGCGCCGGCACAGGGACGGUGAUAUCUCGUUCAGAAAUGUCGUAACGUUCAAUAUGG